UUUCGAAUAAAGAUUCACAUCAUAGUUCGAGCAGUCCAGAGGCGGCCGAGAAUUCUCUCCGUACCCAGCAAACGAAGGCAUCGCGAAAUUCACUUCAAUACACACCCACUUCGACUCUACUUUCUGCUUGUUCUUUAACUACGAUUGUGUCUACAAGACAUCCAAACCAGAGGCAAUAUCAAGAACAAAGUCAAGACGAUCAAGGUGCUACAAAGUAUUCACUCGAUACCCAUUACACCUUCACCUCAUUGACCAGUCCGCGAUCCAACUCACGAUAACCUCACACCAACCAGUCCAAAUCUCACCACCCACUAAGAAACAACUCCAAGUCGACAGCGGCACCAAAGACAAAGAUGUGCACCUACACCUACACCCUCUACACAGCCUGCAUGCACAAGCAGUACCAAAACAUGAUGGAGUGCGUCCGCGUCCGCACCGGCAACAGCACCACACGCUUCGGCACCUAUCGGACCCUCCACGGCGAGCUCACGCUCAAUAGACAUGUCCACUUGCCCGAGCGGGAGCCCUUUGAUAUUCCCCUCCGAGAGUGUAAAGGUCGGGGACGGUAUGCUACGCGCCCUGUGAAUGGGCUCUGUAUUGCGUGUAAGAGGGCGGAGAGGGAGAAGCGGGCUGCUGAGACAAAGGAUGCUCAGCGCAAGGCAGGAGGUGCCGAUACGGCGGCGGGAGUGAGGGACAGCAUCAUGGGGUUGGAGACCCUUGUUGCUGCCACCGAGCGGAUGGAUCUGGAGGAUUGA